AUGUUUGAGGAGAAAGCCGGGUCGAGUUCAUCCUUGAUACUCCGCUUCAUCAUAACAAACAAAACCGCGGGCAAGGUAGAUGAUCAUCGCUGGGCCUUUCCGUCUGCCAGUUCUCAGAGCUUCGAUCAAGACAUCAUCGAGAUUUGCGAUUCCAUUGUCCAUUUCAUAAGCCAACAGAAUAAGACCCUGGGCAGCGCAAUCGUCCUCCGCGAGUUCCUCGAGUCAGCGGUUCAACGUUAUGAUGAGGACUACGACAUUACUCUAGAAGAAGAGACUCUGUUAAGUUCACUCGUCACCGAUCUUCCUCCUAUGCCGUCUCUUCCAGUUCAAGAGCUUCCCGUCGCGACAUCUUCCAAAGGUGGUGCGAAAAUUGCUCCCAAGGAUCAUUACCAUGUCUCUCCACGUUUCCCCGCGUCGAAUCAUCUGGCAAACAAGGUCGUUUCUUCAGUUGUGCAGGGCAAAGGGACAGGCUUCCCGGCACAGAGCCCAGUCCAACCGAAGACCAUCUCGGCGAUCGUUCCACACGGCGACGGAGUUGUCAGCUAUCCCGAUUUGAGUAAGGCACUACCCAAAGCCGAGACGUCCGAGUCUGCCAAGGAGGACCAACUUGUCGCAUCCAGGUCUACCGACGACACGCGAUCGCCACUUGUCCGAUUCCGGACCUUUCCCAAAAAGCCCUUCUCCGUGAGCGACCUUACGGCCGGAUCGUGGUGCGAACUUCAGUACUGGUAUACCCUCACAAGAUUGCCCUACGGGAGGAAAACCCGAACACGUGCCAUGAAAGAGGGGACCAGAGUACACAAGGACUUAGAAGACGAAGUGCAUACCACGGUUCGCAUUGAGAUCGCCAGCAAAACAGACGCCUUCGGGCUGAGGCUCUGGAACAUUGUCCAAGGCCUCAGAACUCUGCGCGACACCGGCCUGACGCGCGAACUGGAAGUCUGGGGGUUUGUCGACGGGAACGUCGUCAACGGCAUCAUCGACGGGCUCAGUUCCAUCCACCCCGAUCCGGAAUUCGAGAGAGAGCUGCGUCGGAGCCGAGAACUGCAGCCCAACAUGGCCGACUACUUUCCUCCCAGGAAAACAGGGAACGAGGAGAUCCCCCAGGUGUACCUGACCGAUGUCAAGACGAGGGGCAAGCGCACAACGGCCAAUGCGGCGUCGCUCCGGCCCGCCAAGGUGCAGCUGUUCCUGUACCACCGGUUCUUAUCGGAUAUGGCGGCAGACAAGCUGGACUAUCUGCGUGUCUUCCGGCGAUACAAUCUUGAUCCCGACGAGCCCUUCUCGGAUUCCUUCCUUGCGCAGAUGGCGAACCUGCACGACGAAGAGUUCUUCGACGCCUCGGAGACAGAGACAGACGUAGACACAGACGGAAGCUUUGCCGCUGCGCCGCCUUUGUCUGGUGCAAGCGACUCCUCGCAAUCUACACCCACGCAGCAGCAGCAACCAUCGUCAAGCGACCGGUUCAACAGCCAACCUAGUUGGUCUCCCAGACCGCCAGAUCUGGUCAAAUACCGCACCCUACGAGAACUCGUGCCCCUCCUCGUCUCCGAGCUGCGCCAAACCUUCCCUCACGGCCCCGACUCGGUCGGUCGCCUCCUCUCUGUCGAGUACCGCUACCAGCUGGACGGUUCUCUCAUCGACACCCGCAUCUUCCCUAUGGAUGACCGCGCCUUGGAUGUCUACCUCGAGCACACCAUGGCGUGGUGGCAAGGAAAACGGGACCCACGCGGCGUGCAAAUCGAGGAUGCGUGGAAGUGUUUCGUGUGCGAGUUCGCUGAGAGUUGUGUUUGGCGUAGGGAGAUGGAUGAGGAUCGACUACAGAGUGCGAGGCGGCGCCUGGAGGUGAAGCGGGAGAGUGGUAACAGUUGA